AUGGAGGGAAGGCGGGUGAGGACACUUUUUAACCAAUUGGGAGUGAAAGGAGAUAAGGGGAGGACAGCCAAUAUAAGGAAGGCAAGGAAAGGUAGGGAGAAAAGGGAAAAGAUAAAGGCGAGUGAGGGACAAAUAAGGUGGUGUCCAGUUGAUCGAAUUCUACCACCACUAAAGAACUAUUCAGCAGUGUUAAUCCAAACAAAAAACAUUACGUUGUGGAUUUCCAAUACUAUUGUAUUUCCCGAAUACAAUAUAACUUUAUCUAAUUUAGGUGAUAAAGACCACGCUUAUUUCCGUAAUUGUACAUAUCAUCCUCACUAUAAUCCUCAUUGUCCAGUGUUUAUGCUUGGUGAUAUCAUCAAUUUUACGCCAAAUGCGGGCGCCACGUAUGAUGAGAUUGCAAAGUUUGGUGCUGAUAUUAUUAUCAAAAUCAAUUGGAAUUGCUAUCAAGGCAUUUAUUCAUUUAUCAAAAGCCAACCUUACAAUAAAUGUCUACCAGAAUAUUCUUUUCAAAGAGUUGAUAAUGAACGUACUAUGCCAAUCACAGGCUAUAAAUUUUACCUAGAUCGUAUGUACUAUGAUUACGGAGAAAAGCGGACACUCUUAAGUAAGCGAUAUCCGGCUUUAAUUCCUGAAAUAAACAAUAUCAUUGUUCCUCAAGAAAAUGAGCCUGUUGAACAGGUGAAUUUAAUUAAUGAUUCUAAUGAAAAUGAGCCUGUUGAAUAG